AUGGCCGCCCGCCAUCCCAAACAGCGCCUGGCCUCGCCCGCCUGGUCUCUCUCGCUGCUGCUGCACGCUGCGGGCAUCGCCUCCUUCCUGGCGUCGUUCCGGUUCCUGGACACGUGGGAGACGCCCUUCUCGGCGGCGUACGGCGGGCACUACCAGUUCCUGACGAUCCUGGGGCUGGCGGGGGCGCUGGUCACGUUCACGGUCGGGCUGGCGGCGGACGUGCUGGGCUCGCCGCGGCUGUUCGCGCUCAAGAACGCGCUGGCCGUCGUGGCGGCGCCGCUCGAGUGCCUCAUCACGGCGCUGUACUGGGGCCUGUGCGCCGUCGACAAGGGCCUCGUCUUCCCGCCCGAGUUCCAGCUCGCCCUCCUGCCCGACGUCGGCUUCCACGCCGCCCCGGGCCUGCUGCUCGCCGCCGACCUGCUGCUCUUCUCCCCGCCCUGGACCAUCCGCGCCUACCCGGCCAUGGGCGUCAGCAUGGUCUUCGCGUUCGGCUACUGGUUCUGGGUCGAGUACUGCUACUCGAAGAACGGAUGGUACCCCUAUCCCAUCUUUGACAUCUUGAGCACCUGGCAGCGGGUGCUUCUCUUCACCUUUUCCGCCGCUCUGAUGACGGGCAGCACCAUGGCGCUGAAGUGGGUGUACGGCAAGGUGAACGGCAUCGAGGAGUUGAAGAACGAGGCCUUCACUGACCCUGCGGGGUACGAGGAUCCGCCUACUUUGUUCGAGAGAAGUGAUGAUCCUUGCGAUGGACGGACGGAUGGCAGAAGCGAUGACAUGGUUGUCCAGUUGUCACUCAUUUUGAUGUUGGACGUGGGACCACCACCCCGCCAGCCCACCCAGCCCACUCUGAGCCGAGCUUCUCUGUGUGACGCAACCCAACGUACGGUAUUUGCUCGAGCUGCGACGAAGGUCUCUGCAGAGAGAAAAUACUUGCGAGCACUUUUUGAUCCCGAAGAGCGCCUUCAAGUGCCCAUUGACGGCCCUUUCUUACAGAUCACAGUCAUUUCUGCUUGUUUCCUACUGGGUUCAGAAGAAUAUCCACGGCCCGUCAUGUCGAGCUUCUUCAUCGAGAACAAGAACGUGGGCAACAAGGCCGACAGCGAAGACUGGAGAAUUCGCGGCUACAACCCCCUCACGCCCCCCGACCUCCUCCAGCAUGAGAUCCCCCAGACGGAAAACUCCAAGAAGACGGUGCUCGAGUCGCGCGAGGAGGUCGCCGCCGUCGUGAAGGGCACCGACCCCCUGGGCCGCCUGCUCGUCAUCAUCGGGCCCUGCUCCAUCCACGACCCGGCCGCCGCCCUCGAGUACUGCGACAUGCUGCUGAAGGAGAAGGCCAAGCACAAGGACGAGCUGCUCAUCGUCAUGCGCUCCUACCUCGAGAAGCCGCGCACCACCGUCGGCUGGAAGGGCCUCAUCAACGACCCGGACAUCGACAACUCCUUCAAGAUCAACAAGGGCCUGCGCCUCAGCCGCCAGCUCUUCGUCGACCUGACCGACAAGGGCAUGCCCAUCGCCAGCGAGAUGCUCGAUACCAUCUCCCCCCAGUUCCUCGCUGAUGUGCUGUCCGCCGGCGCCGUCGGGGCCCGCACCACCGAGUCGCAGCUCCACAGAGAGCUGGCCAGCGGUCUGUCCUUCCCCGUGGGCUUCAAGAACGGCACCGAUGGCACGCUGGGCGUCGCCAUCGACGCCAUUGGCGCCGUCAGACACCCCCACCACUUCCUGUCGGUCACCAAGCCCGGCGUCGUCGCCAUCGUGGGCACCGUCGGCAACGACGACUGCUUCGUCAUCCUGCGCGGUGGCACCAAGGGCACCAACUACGACGCCAAGAGCAUCGGCGAGGCCAGGGCGGCCCUGGCCAAGUCGGGCGUCCGCGAGCGCCUGAUGGUGGACUGCAGCCACGGCAACUCGCAGAAGAACCACAAGAACCAGCCCAAGGUCGCUGCCGAGCUGGCGGAGCAGAUCAGCAAGGGCGAGACGGCCAUCAUGGGUGUCAUGAUCGAGAGCAACAUCAACGAGGGCAACCAGAAGGUCCCCGCUGAGGGCAAGAGCGGCCUGAAGCACGGCGUGAGUAUCACAGAUGCAUGCAUCGGCUGGCAAGACACCGAGUCGGUCCUGCAGAACCUAGCAGACGCCGUCAAGCAGAGGCGGAAGCUUGCAACCACAAAUGGCCAGUAG